AUGGCAUCCACUAUCACCCCAUUUAGGGAUGUUAAUUUACAUGCGUCUCCUUCUCACUAUGCUUUCACCUCACCAUCCUCCCCUCAAUCUCCAACCCUCGUGGUAGAUCGGCCGACUGGCGACCUCCGCCUGAACGAUGGACCACUUUCGGGUGCCAAAAGGAUUUCUAGCAUCGCUGGAAUUCUUGGUAUUCUAAAGCUGAAGCUAGACAAAUACAUCAUCGUCAUCACCAAGGCACAACCGAUGGGACGACUCCGAGGCCAUAUGGUAUACAAAGUUGCUGGAACUGAAUUUCUACCUAUGCGCGAACGUCCUCUUCACGAUCGUGACGAAGAUACAUACAUUGCGCUAGUCAAAGAGCUGCUGCGAACGAGUCCCAUGUACUUCUCGUAUUCCCUGGACCUUACCAACAGCUUCCAGCGCCAGUCACAAGAUGCGCCCAACAUCCCAUUAUGGAAGCGCGCAGAUGACCGUUUCUUCUGGAACCGUUUUAUUCAGUCCGACCUCAUUGACUUCAGUCUGGGCGCCCAUGACACCAGUGGCAUUCGUUAUGGCCCUCAGCCGGGUGUUGAUCCCUUCAUCCUUCCUGUCAUGUUUGGUAUGCUGCGUAUUACUCCGGCCCGAAUGAAGUCGACGUCUUUCACAUUUGCACUCAUUACUCGACGGUCCAGACACCGUGCCGGAGCAAGAUACUUCUCCCGUGGCAUUGAUGAACAGGGCCAUGUCUCGAAUUACAACGAAACUGAGCAGAUUAUCAUACUGAAUGAUGCGACAGGUGGUAUGUCAGGCUUUGCUGGAGGUCAAUCAAUGUCUAGUGGCAAAUCUGGCCAGGACCUUCAGGUCUACUCCUUUGUUCAAACUCGGGGCAGUGUUCCCGUCUUCUGGGCCGAGGUCAACAAUCUCAAAUACACACCCAGUCUUCAAGUUCGUGGUGUGGAUACGGCCGUUAAUGCUGCACGCAAACAUUUUGCUGAGCAAAUUCGUUUGUACGGAGAAAAUUAUUUGGUCAAUCUAGUCAACCAGAAAGGCAGAGAGGAGCGCGUGAAGAAGGCAUACGAACAGAUGGUUCGCACGCUCAUCUCUUCUUCCAAUGAAACCACUGAGUCUGAUACGAAGAGCCCCGAGAAGUUGCAUUCCCUUGAACCAGGAUUGAAGAGAAAGGAGAUGGAUCGCUUGCACUACGUGUACUUUGACUUCCACAACGAGACUAAAGGUCUCAAGUGGCACCGUGCCGAGCUUCUCCUGGGUCGGUUGAAUGAUGGAUUGGCCCAGGGUGGUUAUUUCCGUGGUGUCGAAUCUCCGGGCUCUGGUGGACAGCUCGACAUUCGAUCGGUCCAAUCAAGUGUUGUACGAACCAACUGCAUGGAUUGCCUCGAUCGAACUAAUGUCGUACAAAGUAUGCUUGGACGCUGGGCGAUUACACGCCAGCUCAUUGAUGCUGGCGUUCUUCGCACAGGUGAGAAUGCCAACGAUGAUCGGGAAUUUGAAGACCGGUUCCGUAACAUCUGGGCUGAUAAUGCCGAUGUGGUCUCCAAGUCCUACUCCGGCACCGGUGCUCUGAAAACCGAUUUUACUCGCACAGGCAAGCGCACUCGUGCGGGAGCACUGCAAGAUUUGAGAAACUCUAUCGUUCGAUAUGUCCGCAACAACUUCCUGGAUGGGCCUCGUCAAGAUGGGUUCGAUGUGUUCCUGGGAACUUACCUUCCCUCGACUUCCAUGCCGGCAAACAUUCAGCUUUUUGUCGACAGACGACCUCUCGCAAUCCAAGCCGUUCCAUAUGUCUUCGCAGCCAGUUUGUUCAUGAUUCUCGUCUCAACAUUUACCCGCCGUUUGCCUGAUGCUACCACCUGGCCCAUUCGUAUCUUGGUGCUUUUCUGGUUGAUUGUUGGCAUCUACAGCUUCCAGUUUAUGCUAACUUAUGGCAUGCUUUACGUAAACUGGCCUAAGCUCAAUACCCCAGUCCACGGCAUUGAAGGGUAUCAGGAUGCUCUCAUUAAAGCCAGUUCUGACCCUAUUAUCGGUCAUUGGGUUUCUUCACGACGACACCAACGAGGCAUCAGUAAUGCACGUCUUGUUUUCCUCGAAGAGGGAAAGACCCGAAUCGAGUAA